AUGGCAGUAGUCCCCAUAUUGUUGUUGUUAGUGCAGGGCCUUGACUUGUUGAGUGCAGAGCUGUUUACCUCCAAUGCCCAUCUGCAGACUGCCUUGUAUGCUGAGAGGGACAUAGCAGGUUUAUUGCUCAACUAUGUGGAGCAAGAGGAAGCCAGGCUGGCCAGGAUCAGACGGCUGGCUGAUGAUUAUGAAAGGCACAGCAGUUCAGCACUGGAGAACAUAGAUGCAUUCCUUGGCAAUCCCAUCAACGCCUUCUUGCUGAUCAAAAGGUUUACUCUGGACUGGGACAGGGAUGUCAUUCCUGUCAUCUCCAAUGGAACCUGGGAGGCGAUGAGUCAGCAGAUUGAUCAAGUCAGGGUGGACCUGCCUACCUAUGAGGAUCUCAAGGGUGCUGCAGCAGCUUUGAUGCGCCUACAAGACACUUAUCAGUUGGACGCUUCAACCGUCGCCCAGGGUAAACUGGCUGGGCUGAAGUCUCCUGUCCUUUCAGUUGAGGAUUGCUUUGAGCUGGGCCGACUCGCCUACAAUGCCGGGGACUUCUACCAUACAGUGCUCUGGAUGGAGCAGGCUCUUAGUGAGCACAGAAAGAACCAUAAUGACAGAAGAGCACCAGGAAUUGAGGGCAAUGGACACAUUUCUUCAGAAGUAGAUUCAGUCCAAGCAGACAUUCUAGAUUAUCUAGCAUUUUCUCAGUAUAAGAGCCAGCAGUCGUGCUUCAGUAAAAUUGUGUUGAUUAUAGCGGAAUCUGAGGACUGCUUUUUGCUGGGAAGACUCAGCUAUGUGGAAAGUGACUACUAUCACAGCAGCUUGUGGAUGCAGGCGGCUCUGGAGAGGGACUCACAGGAGCUGCAGAAAACUGCCAGCAAAAGCGAGAUUCUUGACUAUCUCUCCUACACCAAGGCAAUGCUUGGAGAUGUGGCCCAUGCUUUGGAAUUGACAAUUGAACUGCUGAAACUAGAGCCCAAUCACGAAAGAGCCGUGAAUAACAAGAAGUAUUUUGAAGCCAUGUUGCAAGACAAGACCAAGAAACAAGAGCUGCAGGCGGACAAAAAACCUGGCUAUCAGCUCAGCAGAGAUGAGUAUAGAAACUCUGAGGAGUUUCUCACCUACGAAGCUUUGUGUCGAGGAGAGGAUAUAAUGCCAAUUGCCAACCAAGAGAAGCUGGUGUGCCGGUACGUCACCAACAACCACCCGCUGCUGCUGUUACAACCGGCCAAGGAAGAGAUUGUUCACUGGGAUCCCUAUCUGGUCAUCUACCAUGAUGUGAUGAGUGAUGAAGAGAUUAAACAGAUCAAACAUAUGGCCACCCCAAGGUUGAACAGAGCUACAGUUCAGAAUUCUAAAACGGGAGAAUUAGAGACAGCCAAUUACAGAAUCAGUAAGAGUGCCUGGUUGAAUGGGAAAGAUCACCCAGUCGUGGAGAGACUAAAUGAUAGAAUGUCAGCAAUUACGGGAUUGGAAAUGAGUACAGCAGAAGAAUUACAGAUUGCAAAUUAUGGUCUUGGUGGCCAUUAUGAACCUCACUAUGAUUUUGCCAGGAGGGAAGAAAAAGAUGCCUUCAAAUCACUUGGAACUGGAAACCGGAUAGCUACUUUCUUAAAUUAUAUGUCUGAUGUUCAGGCAGGUGGUGCUACAGUUUUCCCUUACCUAGGCUUAAAGCUUUAUCCCAAGAAGGGAGAUGCAGCUUUCUGGUACAAUCUAUACAAAAAUGGCAGCGGAAUCUAUUCAACAAGGCACGCAGCUUGCCCCGUGCUGGUUGGGACAAAGUGGGUGGCUAACAAAUGGAUACAUGAAAGAGGGCAGGAAUUCAAGCGCCCUUGUGGCUUGCAUGCGGAGGAGUAG